CUAAAGUUAGGGAGCUACCCAGGCAACACCUCCUUCCCGCCGUAGAAUCACUACAAAGUGAGGAAAGAGCACAGGGAUUUAUCCACUGAACCAAACGUUUCUUCCUGUACUUAAAAACCUUCGUACCAGGCUGUUUAUUUAUCUUUCCCUUUCCUUCUCAACCAAUAAUCAACGCACCGGAGAGGAAGUAGGCACCCAUCAUAACACAACACGGCAACCAUAAUGGGACCCGCACCUAAUUCUCCCAACUCUCUCAACUAUCCCGUCCGCAAGAAAUCUAAGGAACGCCUUCGUCCUUCUUCAUCAUCUAACACUCCUCCCUCUCACAAUCACAACCGCACUCACAAUUCUUCUUCCCACAAUCGCGACCGUUCUCACGUUCAUUUUCAAUCCGGCCCUCCCUCUAACACCAAUUGGGAUACCAAGCCUGAGAAUACCACCCCCAACACCACUUCCAACACCGGCGGCACUGAAAUUCCUGUGCGAAAGCCUCCUGCGACCGCAUCUGGUGAUCAGAAAAGUGACGCGCCUCCGACGUACCAAAAUCCUGGUCCCGGAUUCAAUCACACUGUCGCCAACGUUCCUGGUAUUGGCUUAGUCUACAACGGCGCCAACCCGGCUACCGUUCAGCAGGCGCAACAGCACCAGACGUUUGGUUUCCUCCCUUCUCAGCCCCAAGUGUUGCCUCCGGGAUUCACCCAGAAUCCUACUGACACUUUCCCACCUCAAUUCACUCCUGCCAAUCACCAGCCGACCAAAGGAAUGGCGUACGUCAGUUUCAUGCCCAACCAGGGCCAGCACUUCCAACCUCCCGUUCCGGAUACCACUUAUGGUCCUAUCCCUCACACUUACCAUCCUCGCUUCGACAACCAGGCUGUCAGCGGACAGUACAUGACCAUUGAUGGUCAGAUCUACAAGGUCGUCAACCCUGCUUAUGUUCAGGACGGCACUCAAUAUGUCCAACUCCAACAGCAGGGUUCUCAGGGUGCCCAGGGCACUUCUUCAGCAGCUCCUAUCCUGCUCCAGCAACGAAGUGCUCCUCAAGGACCUGUUCUCGUCCAAGCCCAAUCCGGUCCGCCCUUUCUCGGUCAGCAAGCUCAGAUGGCCACCCAGCCUGGCCCGUUCCCCGGCAUGGUUAAUCAGCCUAGCACCAUCCGAGUCGUUGGUGGUCCUGGUGUGAUGCCCACUUCUGCCCCGGAUGUCAUGGGCAUUGGCAAGACUGGUUUGGAGAAGCAAAUGGAGCAGUACCAUACCGCUCUCAAUACUGGUGCUCUAGAGGGUCAAGACAUUGCACCUGCAGACCCUGAUCCGUCUCGCAUGUACUAUUGCCGAGAAUUGGAUGGAGAGUGGACUCUUCGAAACCGUUUCAGCAUUGACAACAUGGGAGAUUGGCGUUGGUACGUCGUUCCCGAGAACGGCAUCUUCUACGCCGUCCGCAUCGCCGAUUAAGCGCAUCUACCAACAGAACGGUAUGUCUUCAUCAUUUGGUGGUAAUCAUAGACAUCAAAGAAUAUGCGUAUCGAUUUCAUUCUGCAGAUAUUCUGGCCCAUUUCUGUUUAUUGCGUUGUUUUACGAAUUGCUUUUACCAAUCGGUAAAUUCUCUUUCUAUUUCUGAGAGUAAUGUCAACUAACGUGUCCUAGACGUUUUCUUUGCCUUGCAAUUGAGUACAUCAAUGAGGCAUCUCGUUUCCGCAAACCAAGUAAGCCGAACUUAUUAGUACCUAUGCAUAU